AUGCAACCUCCUAUAGUGACCGCAUUCUUCCUGUUGUGUGGCCUUUUCCGUGCCACCAUUGCAACCAAGGAGCCACACGUGUCUGCUUGCUCCCCGAAGAGAUUCAAGUCGCUCUCCUUGGAAAACAUCGAGAUUAUAUCCCUCAACGUUACUGCCAACCGGAACUUUUCAACAAGUGGUCGCAAUGCCACUGGUGGAGUUGGCGUUAUUCCUGACAUCCCGGGGGCUGAGACUGCCGCGGUGGACAUCUGCCUGAUCUCCUUGACAUAUACGCAUCCAGGACAACAUGAUCUCAUCAACACGUACAUUGGCCUCCCACUUGACGCGGACAAGUGGAACUCACGAUUCCUCAUGCACGGAGGAGGAGGAUGGUUGGCUGGUGGCCAAAGCAGUAUUCUGACACCUGUGUUACUAGGCUACGCAUCCUCCUCCACAGAUGCAGGACACGGGCCCAGUGAAUCGACCGCGGACUGGGGUCUGACCAACCAGGGCCAAACGAAUUGGCCUGCUCUUCGUGACUUUUCUAGCCUUGCUAUCUCGGAAGCUGCCGUUCUAGGAAAACUCGCGACAAGAUUGUACUACGGUGCGCAUGCCAGAUAUUCAUAUUGGCAUGGCUGCUCUACCGGUGGUCGCCAAGGACAUGCGAUGGCGCAGGAGCAUCCUGAGCUAUUCGAUGGGAUUGUUGCCGGUGCCCCGGCGAUUGUCUGGGACAAGUUUGCUCCAGCAGGUUUAUGGGGGCCAUUCAUCGCACAACUUCUGGAUACACAGCCGCCACUGUGCGUUGUCGAAGCAUUUACGCAGGCGGCUAUUGCAGAAUGUGACGCCCUUGACGGUGUCGUAGACGGAAUCAUUGCGUACCCAGGCCAAUGUCAAUUCGAUGCUUCUUCUCUUGUUGGUCAAGAAGUAAACUGCACCGAUCCAAACGGAACCAUUACCAUCACCAAAAAAAUGGCUGAUGUUAUAUCUGCUGUGUGGGAGGGACCAGUCUCGGAAGAUGGGAAAUCCUUAUGGCAUGGAUUCCACUAUGACGCCAGUCUUGGAUCGAUGAUCGGAACAAUCUGUACUUCUGUUAAUGAGUGUACUGUUGUCCCAUUCCCGAUCUCGGAAGACUGGGUCAAUGUCUUCCUCGCCCGCAACCCGUCGUUCAGCAUCAAUGGGCUCACCCGCCAGGAUUAUGACCAACUAUUCCGACAAUCCACCGACCAAUAUAGCUCUGUCAUUGGGACGUCAAAUCCUGACUUGUCAAAGAUGAAAAAGGCGGGAACAAAAAUGCUAGCCUGGCACGGAAUGGCCGACCAGUUGGUUCCCACGAACGGCACAGUUGAAUACUAUGAACAGACGACAAAGCUCGAUUCCGAAGUCGCAGACUACUAUCGCUUAUUCCUUGCUCCAGGUGUGACCCAUUGUGGAUUUGGGAGCGGAUUCGAUCCAGCCGAAACGGUCUUCGAUACUAUGAGGGCAUGGGUUGAGAAUGGCACUGUCCCAGAUCGACUGGAAGGUGUAGCUGUCGCUGUUGGAAAUACCUCUGCCACCCGCACGGGCUACUUGUGUCCAUAUCCCCAGGUUUUCACGUACGUGGGUGGAGACGUCAACAGUGCGUCGUCAUUCACAUGCCGUUAA